AUGGCGACGACUGAGCAGACAGUUGAUGCGACGGGGACGAACGAAGAGACGUCGAGCGGCCGCGCCUGCCGGAUAGACGACCACGGACAUCUUUCUCUUCUUCUUCCUCCGCCUUUUCUUGUCCUUCUCCCUGGACUCGCGGUUCGGCUCCACACCUCCAUCAAGGGCGAUACUCGACACACCCUUGAGGUAGGAGCCCUGGCAGGCGUGCUUGGUCCGGCACUGAAUGCGCGCGUAGUAGACGACAUGGUGGGCUUCAACGAGCUGCAAUUCUUGUCACCCAACGGACCACAAGUGCAGGCGCUUGUCUAUGAGGGGUAUGUUGUUCGCACACCUACUUCUCCCGUUCCCGCGAGUGGUGGAAGUCACAAGCAAUCGUUGACCGGACCCUUACUUGUAGCCUCUGAGGCACCAGAACGCGCUGCGGUUGAUCUCUGCGCGCCAUUGAUAUUAUCGUAG